GAAGAAUAAACUGCGACAGAUAUCCAGCCAUGGCAACAGCAAAAACAUCGCUCCCGUAUCACGAGCCGGGGAUUGUGACCAUCCUUAUACAAACCUCGUUUGUGCUCUUAUUAAACGUCGUCAAUUUCCUCCUCGAUCGCACCCUCUACUGCGGUCUUCUUGGCCAAGUUUUUCUUGGCGUGGCUUGGGGAACGCCAGGUGCCAAGUGGCUAACUGUAGAAGCAGAGGAGGUUAUUGUGCAGCUUGGCUAUCUUGGCUUACUGCUUCUGGUGUACGAAGGUGGUCUCUCGACAUCCUUUCAAGCUCUCAAGGCCAACCUGCUCUUAUCUUCAUUCGUGGCCAUAACAGGGAUCGCCCUGCCUAUGGGCAUCUCCUUCGUCCUGCUGGAACUCACUGGUGCAACGCCUCUCCAAUCUUUUGCAGCGGGGGCGGCUCUUUGCUCAACAAGCUUGGGCACAACUUUUACCGUUCUGGGCUCGAGCGGCCUGAUCAAGUCGCGGCUGGGCGUCGUGCUUACAAGCGCUGCUAUGAUGGAUGAUGUUGUCGGUCUUGUCAUGGUGCAAAUCAUCUCCAACUUGGGUGGAUCUAGCUCAAGCAUCAGUGCUGUAACCAUCAUUCGACCUCUACUUGUUUCUGCUGCCUUUGCUAUUUGUGCCCCCGUGGCCUGUCUGUUGAUAUCUAAACCGUUCACCCUAUGGCUAAACGAGCAUCGGACGAAACAGCCAUCAGGAGUCGCCAACCGAAUUCUUACCAGGAGUAGCUCUAUUUGGGUUAUCCAUACCUCGAUCCUCAUAGGCUGUGUCGCCAGUUCAUCGUAUGCUGGUACAUCUAAUCUCUUUGCUGCCUACAUAGCGGGUGCUUCAAUUAGUUGGUGGGACACAGAAGUUCCCCAUCCAACACUCAACCGCCUUGUGUCGGAAGAAACCUCUCCCCCAUCGCAGAAUACCGGUGACCGGGAUGGUGGAGAAACCAGAGACACGGUUUCGCCGACCGACUCUGAAUCUGAAUCCAGGCCCACGCCGUCUGAGUCUGAACUCAGGUCUACGCCAUCCAGUACUCCACUCUUCUCAGGCGCUCAGAUUUACAACAGUUACUUUAUGCAACCACUGGAAAAGGUUUUGAGGCCAUUCUUCUUCGCUUCGAUAGGAUUCUCUAUCCCUAUCACGGAAAUGUUUCGCGGCCCAAUCGUCUGGAAAGGGUUUGUCUACGCCAUCCUCAUGCUCGUUGGCAAGCUGUUUUGCGGACUUUGGCUCAUCCGUUUCUCUAUUCCCCGCCUCCCCAUACGAUUCCCUCUUAUAUCAAAACUGUCUAACCUCCGGGUAAAAAACUGUGCCAGCAAAGUUCGUGAGAAACAGACACCGCCUUGUAACGAAUCCGCAGAGUCAAGCUCUUCGCAGCCAGUAUCGCCACCAACCACUUCGCCUUCUCCCAAUACAGACUAUUCAACAACCCGGAGCCAGAUAAUCACACCACAUAGCGAACCAGCUGGUUCUAAGCCACGCUCAAUUUAUCCCGCUUCUAUAAUAGGCUGUGCUAUGGCUGCUCGUGGUGAGAUUGGAUUUUUGAUCUCGUCCAUUGCAGAGAGCAAGGGAGUGUUCAGUACCUCUUCUGACGAUUCUGGACAGAGCUCAGAUAUUUUCCUCGUCGUCACUUGGGCCAUUGUUCUAUGCACCAUCAUUGGACCCUUGGCUGUUGGUUUGUUGGUCAGGCGCGUAAAGCAGCUGCAACGGGGCGUUGAAAGGCAAGACCGUAUAGUACGCAGUGAUGUGCUCGGAGUCUGGGGAGUAUCUUGAAGGAUAACGGUAAAUGUAGUGGUUUGGCUUAGUGCUUCCGUACCUUUUACGAGAUUCAUCCCCGCACUAGGAGACUCUCAGCAAGGCAACAUGCUGUACAACAACCCGCCAUCUGAUACAGUAAAAAGGAAAGGACAUGACGGCAUAUUUUAGGCCGAGGCCACUUGAUUUCGUUACGAACUCUUCUGCAACGGUACAUAGUCCCCAAGCUGUUAGGUUUUCGGAGAGGACGGCAUGAUCGAUUGCAUGGGAGAGAAUGCCGCCUUUGGUCCUGAUGGUUGUGCUGAUGGUUGAACAAGACUCUUUCGACCAUAAGUCACGGGACCGGGAACCCGUCACCCCGCUUUUGGCCCAAACACAAUAACCUCG